AUGGCAGGGUUUCUGAGCGAAAACACCGACUUUGUCCAACUCUUGGCCCAAUCCAAUGUCGUGUUCGUGGGGCCAACCGCCGACACCAUCAGGGCGUUUGGUUUGAAGCAUAGCGCCAGAGAGCUUGCCGUGGGUGCAGAUGUCCCAAUCGUACCCGGAACGGCCAUCAUUUCGACCACGGAGGAGGCCUUUGCUGAGGCCGAGAGAGUGGGCUAUCCUGUCAUGGUCAAAGCCACCGCUGGCGGCGGAGGUAUGGGACUUCAGGUUUGUCGGUCGUCUGCCGAAUUGCAUGGUGCCGUGGCGACAGUCCGUAGCCGAGGCCAAGCUCUGUUCAAAGAUGCCGGCUUCUUCUUGGAGAAAUUCGUCGAGAAUGGAAGACAUAUCGAAGGCCAGAUAUUCGGCAACGGCACGGGCGAAAUCUUGUGGUUCGGUGAGAGGGAAUGCUCCAUCCAAAGACGGCACCAAAAGGUGCUAGAGGAAUCCCCCAGCCCCUAUGUCAUCAAGCACCCUGAACUCCGGGACAAGUUGAAACAAGCGUCCAUAGCUCUUGCAGCCUCGAUCAAGUACAGGUCGGUCGGCACCGUCGAGUUCUUGGUCGAUGACGAGACGGGGGACUUCUACUUCCUCGAAAUGAAUACCAGGCUCCAGGUCGAGCACGGCGUGACUGAACUGGUCUAUAGUGUCGAUUUGGUCCAGUUGAUGCUGUUGCAGGCGCAGGCUGAGGUCUUGGGUCACGUCGGCCUCACUGGCUCUGACCUGAAGCGCUUCGAGCGGACGGCGCCCUCCGGCCAUGCGAUUGAAGUGCGAGUUUAUGCCGAAAAUCCAGCAAACAAUUUCCGACCGGCACCGGGAAUGCUGACAAACGUCGAGUUUCCUGAGGGCGAGGGAAUCCGCGCGGAUUCCUGGGUUGAGAGUGGCACUCCCAUCACCCCUUCAUUCGAUCCACUGCUCGCCAAAUUGAUGGUGCAUUCCAGAACGCGCAAAGAGAGCUUGCGAUUGAUGUCAAGUGCCUUAUCAAGCACCGUGCUGUGCGGACCACCUACCAACAUUGACUUUUUGGGAGCAGUCAUCGUCAACAAAGAUGUUCAGUCCGGAUACACGACCACCAACUUACUGGAGACUCGUUUCCUUUAUCAGCCCUUUGCCAUCCAGUUCGAGGAUGGGGGCAUGUACACAACGGUACAAGACCUGCCUGGUCGUCCGGGCUUCUCGAACGGUAUUCCUGUGUCCGGGCCCAUGGACAGCGUCUCCUUCCGCAUCGCCAAUAUGCUGGUUGGAAAUGAGGAAUGUGUAGAAGCACUCGAAAUCACACAUGCCGGUCCUCGUUUCGUCAUCCACGGCGGUGCCAUAAUCGCGCUGUGUGGUGCCGAUUUCGACUUCACCAUCAACGGCCAGAAAGCCGCCAUGUGGACAAGACAUGUCGUUCCCGCAGAUUCGCAGCUUGUCAUUGGCAGUCGCACGGGAGCGGGAUGUCGUGUAUAUCUGGCUAUUCGUGGAGGACUUCCGAACGUUGGAAGCUAUCUUGGCUCGAAAAGUACCACUCCGACACUGAACUGGGGUGGCUAUCAGGGACGCACCAUACGAUCCGGAGAUUUUCUUGCCCUCCAGAAGCAACCCGCAGAUUGGCUGGCCACGUCGAUCUAUACCCUGCCAGAGCAGCUAAGACCGAACCUCCGACAUAUCCACAUGGUCAACACGCUGCCAGGCCCGUAUGACUCGGAGGAAUUCAUCAGCCCCGACAGCAGACCAUCAUUUUAUGACGCCGUGUGGAAGGUGGCAUUCAACUCAAGCCGCACUGGGAUCCGGCUGGAAGGCCCUCCUCCACCGUGGUCUCGAGCCCACGGCGGUGAAGGAGGUAGUCAUCCCAGCAACAUGCUCGGCUAUGGAUAUCCCAUUGGCGGACUUAGCUUCACCGGGGACUCGGCUGUCGUCUUUUCGGCCGACGCACCGGGUCAGAGUGGGUUCAUCUGUGUUCAAACAGUGAUAUCAAGUCAGCUCUGGAAACUGGGCCAACUCGCACCCGGCGACGAGGUGAGAUUCUUUCCCUGCUCGUGGGAGGGAGCUUGGACGUUUGAAAGAGGACUGGAAGAAAUGCUGAGCAGCGUACGGUGCUCAAUUCAAGCUCAAUACGCAUCAGUCGGCGACGGUUGGGUUCUGCCGAUCGUCAAACCAGAGCUGGGAACAUCCGUGUUAUACGAACGCCCGGUGGAGAACGCGACGGGACUGCCGCGGCUUGUCAUCCGCCAAAGCGGUGACCGAGGAUUGCUUUGCGACUAUGGAAGUCAGAGGUUUGACCUGAAUUUUCGAGCUCGUGCACAGAAAUUGAUCAUGGAGGUCCGCCAUCGGACACCUCGUGGGCUCCUUCCAGCCUGUCGUCCUCAUACCAACAGCGUCUUAAUCCUGUUUGACCCUGCCGUUAUCGACCAGAGCACGGCGGUGUCAACAUUGAUCAAGCUCGAAGCAGCUCUGGAAGAUAUUCGAAAGUUCGAAAUUCCGAGCCGGAUCUUUCAUCUUCCAUUGUUGUUUGAUGCGGAAGAGUGCAUGCAGGCCACCGAAAGGUACAUGAAGACACAACGACCUUAUGCGACAUAUUUGCCGGACAACAUUGACUUCAUCCGGCGAAACAACGGCCUGAAAACACGGCACGAUGUCUUGAAAUCGGUCGUGGACGUGCCUUUUAUAGUUCUGACGUCGGGUGGUCUCAUGGGUCUUCCUAUUUGUGUCCAAAUUGAUCCCCGUCUGCGCUUCACAGUACCCAAGACGAAUCCGUCAAGAACAACAACCCCUGCCGGUGCAUUGGGAACUGGAGGCAUGACAUCCAGCAUCUAUCCGGUCGAGUCGCCGGGUGGUUAUCUUCUCUGGGGAAUAACCAUUCCAGGUUGCCCAUUUGACACUUUUGGAAGAAAACCAGGCUUCUCCCCGACGAAACCUUGGCUUUUUGAACCCUUUGACCGUAUCAUCUUCCACAGCGUCUCGCGUACCGAGUUUGAUGACAUCAAUCGUCGUUUCCAAGCUGGCCUGUACACAAUCCCGGUGGAUGAUGGCGUGUUUGACCUCGGAACAUACAAUGAUCUGGUAGAUGAGACGCGAGAAGAGGUAGCUGAGAUCCAGAGCCGUCAGCAACGAUGUGCUGCUGUCGAGUUGGAGAAGGAGAACGAACUGCUGCGUCGCUGGACCCUGGAAAAAGAAGCGGAACGGGCUCGAAAGGCUGCGGAUGAUAAGACCAAGCCAAGGGAUCAGGAUGACUCCAAGUUCACACGCGUCAUUGCGACCAUCAAUGCCAGAGUCUGGAAAGUGGUCGCUGACGUGGAAACCACGGUCAAAGCCGACGCAGUGAUACUAAUCCUCGAGGCCAUGAAGAUGGAAAUCUCGGUCAAAUCCCCACCAGAUAGUGAAGCCUAUCAGCUUCUCAAGCUGAUGGCCAAGGAGGGUGACAUGGUGAGCCCUGGGGACGUGCUUGCACUGCUGGAACCGGUAAGAUAG